UUUAUUAUGGUAAAAUCGAAAGGGCCACUCUGGCCACUGUCCUUUUCCCUUCCCUUCUUCUUGCCAUGUUAUCAUUGGUGCACAAGUAUUUGGUUGAAAACACCCAAUCACGGGGUUGUGUUGUCAACUAAUGAGUUCGCAUAAAGGCUAAGAACUUAUAAACCGAACUCUUUUUUGGUAUAGUCUCAUUCUCGAAAAAACAAAAAAGAUCAGCAGCUUGGCUUGAUGGGUUUAAUGUGCCAGCCAAACUAGACUGUGUCGUUGGGGAGUUCUGCAGGGUAUUAGUGCUUAAAUAGUUGUAACAGACACUGAUACAGUGAGUUAUAAGUAGAAGAAGAAAAGUUAACGAAGGAAGAUGAAGAUCCUGUGUGAUGUGUGUGAGAAAGCUCAGGCAGCUGUGAUAUGUUGUGCGGAUGAGGCAGCCUUGUGUGCAAAAUGUGAUCUUGAGGUACAUGCUGCAAACAAGUUGGCAAGCAAGCAUCAGAGGCUCCAUCUUCAAUCCCUUUCCAACAAGCUUCCUCCCUGUGACAUCUGCCGAGAAAAGGCUGCUUUCAUUUUCUGUGUUGAAGACAGAGCUCUCUUUUGCCAAGAUUGUGAUGAACCUAUCCACUCCGCUAAUACACUCGCUGCAAACCACCAAAGGUUUCUGGCCACUGGAAUUCGGGUAGCCUUGAGCUCCAGCUGCAAUAAAGAGGGUGCAAAAAGCCACAUGGAGCCACAGCCACCCAAGCAACAGUUUUCUUCAAAGAUGCCUACACAGCAAUUGUCUAGUAUGACAUCAUCCUCUUGGGCUGUGGAUGACUUAUUACAGUUUUCUGACUAUGAUUCCUCAGACAAGAAGGGGCAACUUGAAUUUGGCGAGCUUGAAUGGUUUUCAGAUAUUGGUCUGUUUGGUGAGAGAGCAGGGGAGGAAGCCUUAUCAGCUGCAGAAGUGCCUCAACUGCCUGUACCACAGUCGAGCAAUGCCGCUUCACAUAAAACACCCAAACUCUACAUGCCUUGUAAGAAGCCAAGAAUUGAACUGGAAGAUGACGAGGAAGAGUACUUCACCGUGCCUGAUUUUGGUUGAGCUUCCAUAGUUGGGAAAUUGUAGUUCAUGACUGCUUCUGGGCAUGCAAAAACGAAUUCUCUAUAGAGAUAGAUAUGUCUAUGUAAAUGUGUGGAUGUUGGCUGCAUUGUGAUAGCUGAAAAAUAUUGCUAGCAUAAAAAAGUCACUGUAUUGUCAGAGUAUAAAAAGUUAAUCCUAUCUUUAUUUCUUUUUUCUUUCCA